CUCUUCCUGAUAUCCCAGAGCCUGUUCGUGGUAUUGCUUUGCUCAGCCCUUAUCUUCUUCUUGUUUAUAUUACUGCCUACAUACAUAUCUAUGCGGCUUGUUGUGAUUUCCACAAGGACUUCCAUCUGACUCGAACUGAUCUGACCUGCCUGGUAAACUACUUACUAUCCUACAACUACGAAAUCGCCUUUCAUCGGCAACCAUGAGUGAUGCUCUGUGUGGCCCAUCCAAUGCUCUGCAGAAUUUUCAGAAGCAUGCCUCUGUCGAUCGAACCCUUCAGCAGGAUAGAUUAACCUCACGGCAGUCUCCUUCUCAGCGUUUCCGGUCCCCGCAUUACAGCGAAGGAAUUCUUGAUCCUGAGUUUGCUGCUUUCGAGUCGAAUAAUCUGGUGGGCACGCCGCUCCCAAACGUACAGCAUGCUGCCCAUUUUCCCGCCCCCGUUCCACACAUGCAAAUGCCGAUGGCCCACCCCGCGGAGUCUGUAAACUGGGCAAAUGACUUCCAAAAGUUACAGAUCUCGGGACCAUCGCACCCUGUCCACCAGCAACCCGCACCCUCUAUGGCUCCGAUGUUAGCAGCUUCACAGCAAGGAUGGCAUAAUGAGUUUUUGAGACAACAACAACACACGCCUCUUCAGCAACCUCAGCCUUAUGUCCAAGGGAUUCAAUCGUCAUUUGCUUCUAGUUAUGCCAUGCGUGGAACUCAGUUCACACCUACACAGGAGACAAAACCUGACCAAGCGCCAGCUAUGGAAGCUUUUGAUGAAUCAGCAUUCGAAGCUGCGUUUGAACAAGCCAAAGCGGAUAUGGCAUCACAAGAGCUUGAUGCCAUACAUAUUGAAGCACAAGCCAAUGUUCUAGAACCCAAGGUAGAUAGCAAAGAUCUUAAGCAAGAGGUCGCUGUUCAGCCAGAACCACAAGAAACGAUUCGAAUUGGGUCGGACACCAUCCCCCAGAGCAACAAACACGAUCCCCAAUCAGCAGCAAACGAUGCAGACGAACUAGCGCGGACUGCAGGGCAGUUGCUGAACAGUGUCAGCCAUGACACAAGCCAAAAAUUCCGAGAGAGCAAUUUCCUGGCCCUAAUGCGACGCAUUCGAGACCGAGAGGUGCAUGUCGAAGGAGAUGAAUUUCGCGAAGUCAGUACCAGUCCGUGAUUAUCUCAACAUUCGGCUGGCGUGACCCGCACGCGCUGGCCCCGCAGAGUCUACACCCCGGUGGCAAGUACUAUCCGGAAGGGAGACCACGGCAACAGGAGGAAGAAAAACAAUCGUGGAUGCCGACAAGCCAGAACGACUAUGUUCAUGUGACGUCCAGCGAAAACAGUAAGUCUGGCACAGCGAUGUCGUCCACUCUACGCGCAGGGUAAAACACCGUUCGGCGACCUGAUUAGUGGACCACGACAACUAGAUAUUACCUCUCAAGGCACUCUGUCCCACGAAAACACCCACACAACCAGCGCCAUGGGUGACACGAUUUCAAAAGACACGAUCAACGCAGCCUCGACUGGCGAUUCC